AUGGACUCGACGGAAGCUACCGAGAGCCCACGGACUGACAGAGAUGAGCAGCCGGCUUUAACAGUGGUCGUUUGUCUCUUGAGCGGUGAGCAGCUGGCUGAAUUCGUUUUGCCCCGAUGCUCGACCGUUCACGAUGUGAAAAUGCGUUUGCGAGACAAGGAGGGGAUACCCAUCAGAAAGCAGCAGUUGGUCAACGGCUGCGACAUCCUUCCUGAGACGGUUUGCCUGGCCGAGCUGUGUUCUACGGACUUCCUGGAGGUGCGCCUCGUUCGGAAAGAGGCGAUCAACUUUCACUGGCAGGCGACGUCAAUGAAUGCUGAUCGCAUCUCGAGCCCCGAGUGGUGCCUGGACAGUAGCGAGGCAGUGUCAAGUCGACGCUGUGCCCUCAGCUUGCACUACUACCCAGCUGGCUUCGAAAGCAAGAUGCACAAAGCUGGUCACUUCAGCAUCAUGGUGCAGAGGCCUAAAAACAGCAUCCUCCGUGCGCGCGUCCACAUAGCUGGUGUGAUGAGGGAGCGGCUCUUCACGAGUGCACAUGGCUGUUUUGAGGGGUGGAUCAAUUUUGCAUCUCGAGAAGUCUUGCCGAACUGUGAAACGCAGCAGCUCUGCUUGGAGGGGGAAGAAAUGGGCAGCUUACAUGGACGCCUCGAGCCGGAUGUACCGGAGGAGAUCUCGUGCCCGAAGGCGAGGCUGCACAAAGCCAGCGAUUGGAGCAGCCGACGUUUAGAGGUCCAGUGCUUCGGUGUGGUGCGACACGCCAGCCGUGCUGAUACCAUUGGUGCAACCUGGAAAGGGAGGGCGUGGGUCCAAAGCAGCGACUUUGAAAAGCACCCACUCGACCCGCCAUUGUCGGAUUCUGGUCGUGCUGAAGCGACCGAUGUUGCUGAGCGCAUUGCCAAGUUCGUGGAAUCCAAACCAGGAAGUCAAAUACAGGUGGUGGUGACUUCUCCGUACUUGCGCUGUGUGGAGACAGCUGCUGCCAUUUGUUCGACUUUGGGCAACCGGACCCGGCUGAUGGUCGAUUUGGGUCUCGGUGAAGUCUAUGGCCCGGAGAUCUUCGGAGAGGAGCCUGGCCGCAUCAUUCGGAGCAGCUGCGAGGUUGAAGAACAUCUCAAGGGUUUGUCACCGAGCUCUCCUGUGCCUGUGUCCACGGUAGGGGUUUGGCCAAACUGGCCUGAGACAUUGGCAAUGGCUCGUCGUCGCUUUGCAGAACGGCUUUUGGUCUAUAUCAGUCGUGGAGCAAAGGCACGUCGGAAUUUUCUUUUGGUCUCCCAUGCGGAUUGUGUUGCAUCAUGCUUAGCUUUGAUGCCACACGGCCGGGUAGUGGAAAGCGUCGACUACGGCGCAUCGAUGCUGGCUUGGCGAACGCCCUUACCGGCACUGCUCACUUCACCCAGGACCGCCAAGCGGAUCCCUGAACCUAGUUGCUUGCGCCGCUCACCCUCUGGGCAACGCGCCUGGUGGGGUGAAGAUGGUGCCGAAAGCUGCGAAGCCGCGACCUGGCAUCGAUCAGACCCUGAGGAGCUGCUGUCACUAUGCCGCACUGCUUGGCAGAUCGAGACAUCCAACGUGACACUCGGGCAUCAGUGGUGUGGCCAGGACCAUGCCAUCAAUUGUGCCAGGGCAGCGUUGAGGAACAGCGAUGCCUCGGUGCAGGAAGUCGACCACCUCUUAGGGCUUUUGUCCUCAGAGCUUCUGAAGCACAGCCCUGAGUCACCAAAGCUGCGAAGAAAAGACAGCCGGCUGAGCUGCAUGUCCUAUGAAACGCACCUUUUUGGAUGCAGCGAGAAAAGCUUACUAGAGAUUGAUUCCAUCAGAGAAUCAAACCGCCCAGUGCUCCACUGCAGCAUCAUCCCUUCACCAAUAUGUGAAGGGAGCCAUGUCUCCUGGGACCUGCGAGAUGCUUUAGGCCGUAUGCCAUAUGCAAUGGGUGUGCCCUUCGUGGAAGAAGCAAGGGUCCAGUCCCACGAGAGCUCGGCAGUUCAUUUGCGCCUAACCUUUUUUCCUGGCGGGCAUACUGCUGCGCCGAAGAACCAUGUUUCCUUGUGGGUUUUCCCGCUUCAAGGUUUGGAGGACCGCAGCUAUGUUUGCUCAGUGGAUGGGAGCCGCUCCCAGCGUGCAUCUGGAGAAGCUGUCUUGCACUUCCCCAGGAUUGAGGUCUUUGGAGAGAUCACGCUUUCGAUUUGCCCUCUUUCCAUAUCUAUAUCGAAAGAGAAGGCAGCGGAUGAGGAGUGA